AUGGCGUCUCGCAAAAGCAGAAAUCCCUUGGCGUUCACGCCCUUGCCGGUCACCAUCAUCACCACCGUGGUGUACCUGGCCUUGAUCAUUCCACUCUUGGUCAUUCACCUGAACGUUCCAACGGCACCCAGCGCCAGCCCGUCGGACGGUUUAAAUCUCACCGAGGCAUGGCACGAUCUCCAAGCACUCACGCGGGGCUAUCAUCCAUAUAACUCACACGAAAAUGAUCAUGUGCACGCGUGGUUGCUGGAGCGUAUUGAUGCGAUCCGAAGAUCUGCCCCACCCGACGAAGCUUAUCAACCCGCCGAGGAGAAGCCCAAGGUCUUUGUGUUUGACGAUCUCACGUCAAAUUUGACAUUCUUCGAUAAACGGAGCGGGGUUUACUUUGAAGGCACUAACAUUUUCGUGUAUAUCCGUGGCUGGGAAGAUCAGAAGGAUAGGUGGUGGGAGACGCCCGGCAAGCUCCCCACUGGGAAGGGUGGCGUGCUGGUCAACGCGCACUACGACAGUGUGUCAACUGGAUACGGUGCCACGGACGACGGAGUGGGUGUCAUCACGGGCCUGCAGCUGCUCAAGUACUUCUUGACACCGGGUCAUGCCCCGCGUCGCGGUCUGGUAGUCCUCUUUAACAAUGGUGAGGAGGACUAUCUCAAUGGCGCUCGUGCAUUCAGCCAGCACCCACUGGCAAGGUUCGUGCACACGUUCCUGAACUUGGAGGGUGCCGGCGCCGGUGGUCGCGCGACCCUCUUCCGCAGCACUGAUACCGAAGUGACUCGGGCGUAUGCCAGAUCCGAGCAUCCCUUUGGAUCCAUCGUCAGCGCGAAUGGUUUUGAACUCGUUGGGAGCCAGACCGACUACGUCGUCUUUGAUGGGGAGCUGGGCCUUCGUGGGCUUGACGUUGCCUUUUAUGAACCGCGAGCUCGUUACCAUACCGAACAGGAUGAUGCGCGUCAUACGAGUGUGAACUCGAUUUGGCACAUGUUGUCCGCAUCGGUGGCUACCACCGAGGCCCUUGUUUCCGACGAUAGUGACGAGUUUGAUAGUCCGGCUCGGGUUGAGGGUAACGUGCCUAACGGGCAGGGUACCAAGGCGGUUUGGUUUGACCUUUUCGGCAGCGCAUUCGCAGUCUUCCGCCUGCACACCUUGUUCGCGCUCUCAGUCACUUUGUUGAUUGUGGCCCCUUUGACAUUGAUCAUUACCAGCAUCUGUCUUUCGCACGCCGACAAGAUGUAUCUUUUCCGUUCUACAGGACAGGUCGAGUUGAGUGAUGAAAAGAUCUCACUCCAAGGUCUGCGUGGAUUCUUCCGUUUCCCUUUCUUGGUGGGAAUUCCAACCGCGGUCGUUGUUGGAUUUGCCUAUAUGAUCACCAAGAUCAAUCCCUUGAUCCUACACAGCAGCAACUGGGCUGUUUGGAGCAUGAUGAUCUCUGCCUGGAUUUUCAUGGCAUGGUUCAUAUCGUGCGUUGCGGAUUUUGCUCGACCAUCUGCCUUCCAUCGAGUGUACACUUUUACGUGGAUGUUCGUGAUCUCCUGGGUUCUACUUGUGCUUGCCACUAUUGUGGCAAACGACCGCGGGCUCGGUGGAGGAUAUUUCACGCUGUUCUACUUUGCCAGCAUCUUUCUGUCGACAUGGAUCUCUUACCUGGAACUCUUCUUCCUGCCCCGUAAGGCCGAAUACGUCAACGAAUUGACCCAGGACUCCCGCCGGCCCAGUACCCGUGGCAGUCGCCUUGGCACUGGCGACAGCAACGAAGAUGAUGAAGCGGGCGAAGAGGAGCCUACCGAGUCAACAUCUCUGCUGCGCGGCCAGCACCGCACGACAUUUGCCAACUAUGUGAGCGUUCCGGGCAACCAUUCCGAUGGUUCAGAGGAUGAUGCCAAUGUGGAAGAUCGCAAUGUGUAUGGAAAUGAACAAGCGUGGAGCGCGUCUCUGCCCAGCUGGAUCUGGGUUCCUCAAAUGCUUCUGACUAUCCCGAUCAACGUGGUGAUGCUCGUACCACUGGCCUUGAUCACGACAAGUGCCCUGAACCAGACCGGUCAAGACGGCGAUCCUACGCUCCUGGUGUAUCUGCUGAUGGCAUUUUUCAUCGCGAUGAUCUUUAUGCCUGUCCUUCCGUAUAUCCACCGAUAUACUUACCAUAUCCCAAUGUUUCUCUUCUUGGUUCUCAUCGGUACCUUGAUCUACAAUCUGGUUGCCUUCCCGUUCUCAGACUCCAACCGCGUGAAGCUCUACUUCUCGCAGCAGGUGGAUCUUGACAGGGGGAACUCAUCGGCGUACCUGGCCGGCGUCAGCCCAUUCGUCGAGGAUGUCGUCCGUGGUCUCCCUGGUGCAGGCGGACAGACCGAAUGUCACAACAUCGUACGCCACGGACAGCUUCUGCAAUGCUCAUGGCCCGGUGCCGAGCCGCAGGUUGUUCCAAUUCAGAAUGGCUCAACUACGUACCCGGGCCCGUCCACAGACUGGGUGUCCUACGAAAUCUCCUCCUUGCAGGGCAAGAGCCGCUCCGCGCGCUUCGAAAUAUCCGGCCUCAACACCCGAGCGUGCCGAAUCACCAUGCAAAAUCCAUCGAUCAAGUCCUUCAGCGUGGUGGGAUCUUCCGCACCGGACCAGCGAUUCAUCAAACCGGCUUCCGAAGGGAUGUCGGAGAUCCGACUUUGGAGUCGCACGUGGGACCGUUCAUGGACGGUAGACGUGGACUUUAAGGAGCACGAGACUUCCCUCCGAGGUCUCGUAUCGUGUCUUUGGAGUGACGACAAUAAUCCCGAAUUGAUCCCGGCGCUCACCGAGGCCCGCAAGUAUGUGCCUUCUUGGGUCGCUUUGACCAAGUUGAUGGAUGGAUUGGUAGAAGGGUAUCGCGAGUUUGAGCUGGUCAAGAAUGCUUCGGGCCACUGGGUGCAGAAAAAAAAGAAUUGA